GUAUAGGUGGCGCGGCAAUUGGAGACUCUGGCCUGAGGGCGUUUGGAAGAAACAACCCGUCUCAGAAUCCUAUCCGUUUAGCACGACAAUUUGUUUUACAAACUCUAACAUCAAUUCUCAAGUUUGAACUUAAAGAUAAAUAAUACGUUUCUGUAAAACGACAUUUCCUUGACAGGACCGCGGAGCGCAGAAUGAUCUUGAAAGGUGUUUGAGGAAUAAUGUGACCAGGAAAUGCAAACAGAUUUUUGACUGCAAGCAAUAAAUCGCCUUCUUCCCUCUCGACAGGGCUGUGUCACUAUCUAGUGUCACCGGUCAAAGUGUUUUCUCAAGCUCACAGAAUGGACGAAACGCUUCGUCUCAAAUCUACUCAACAAUUACUAGGAUAACAUGGACCCUAUGGAUCACUGAAAUGCGAUUUACUGCUUCAAUUGAACUUGAUCUACACAUAUGGGACUGAUGAACAAUUUCACGAUGGAAGACUUGAGAGAAAGGGUUUUAUUGUGCUGUCAAAACACUUUCUCGUGUUUCAGAGACCCUGCGACUAAUACCUCACCUGCCACCGAGAAACGGCAUAUUGAAGUGAUAAAAAAUGAUUUUGCGAAAGCGCCCAACAGAGAGUUACCACCGAAACCUGUAGAGAAACCCAGCUACGUUUACGUUGCGCUGUACGACUAUACGGCGCGUACGGAUGAUGAUUUGAGUUUUAAAGCAGGGGAUAAACUGGAGCCCCUCGAUAAAACCGAUGACUGGUGGUUCGCGAGAGGAAUCACCGGGAUUUCAGCAAACAAAGAGGGCUACAUUCCUGCUAACUAUGUUGCACCCUUAGAAAGCCUCGAUGCUGAACCAUGGUAUUUUCCAGAAACAAAGCGCUUGGAUGCUGAGAAGAUGUUAACAUCUCAAGAAAACAAGAAUGGAGCUUUUCUAAUCAGAAACUGUGAAAGCCAGCCAGGGGAACUCUCACUCUCAGUGCUGGACAAUGGAAAAGUGAAGCAUUAUAAGAUCAGAAAGUUGGAUAAUGGUGGCUAUUAUGUGUCAAGGACUCUGAAUUUUCCUACACUGAGAGAACUAGUGGAGCACUACUCCACACGUGAAGAUGGCCUCUGUGUUCGUUUGGCAGAACCCUGCAAAAAAACAAUUGCUCCAGAGACUCAUGGUCUAUCUUAUAACACUGUGGAUCAAUGGGAGAUCCCGCGUUCCUCUGUAAAACUCCUGAAGAAGUUGGGAGCGGGGCAGUUUGGUGAGGUCUAUGAAGGCAUAUGGAAUGGCAGAACAGCUGUUGCUGUCAAAACACUCAAACCAGGAACUAUGGAUCCAAAAGACUUCCUGCGAGAAGCUCAGAUAAUGAAGAAACUCCGUCACCCCAAACUAAUCCAGCUAUAUGCUGUCUGCACUAUGGAAGAGCCCAUCUACAUCAUCACAGAGCUCAUGAGCCACGGAAGCCUUCAAGAAUAUCUGCAAAAAGACAGAGGUGCUUCUCUGCAAAUGUCUGAUCAGAUAGAAAUGGGAGCACAAGUGGCAGCUGGCAUGGCAUACUUAGAGUUGCAGAACUAUAUUCACAGAGAUCUUGCAGCUCGGAACGUUCUGGUGGGAGAUAACAAUGUGUGCAAGGUUGCCGACUUUGGCCUGGCACGAGUUUUUCUGAUGGACAAUGAGGACAGUGGUGAGAAUGUUUAUGAGGCCAAAGAAGGAACCAAGUUUCCAGUGAAAUGGACUGCACCCGAGGCCAUUCAUGAGAACAAAUUUACCAUCAAAUCUGACGUCUGGUCUUUUGGGAUCCUGCUGUAUGAAAUUGUGACUUUUGGACAGAUGCCUUAUCCAACCAUGACAAACUUUCAGGUGGUCCAACAGUUGCCCAAAGGCUACAGGAUGCCAUGUCCUCUAAACUGCCCCAAAUUUUUGUAUGACAUCAUGGUCGAAUGCUGGAAGAAUGUCCCUGCAGACAGACCUACCUUUGAAACUCUACAGUGGAAACUCGAGGACUUCUUUGAUAUGGAUGUCAGCUCUUACGACGAUGCAAACCGCUACUAAAAAACACUACUGUCUUUCAAACUUAGCAGCUUAAAGGGUUAGUUCACAAAAAAAUGAAAAUUCUGUCAUUUAUUACUCACCCUCAUGUCGUUUCACAUCCAUAAGAGUGUUCACGAGAGCAUCACGACGCAUGCGUGUUGUGUUCAGACUCAUGCAUCUACUCAACACACAUGCGCGAGUGUUCACGAGAGCAUCACGACGCAUGCGUUUUGUGUUCAGGCAAGAGCUGACAUUGUUGCGUGAACAUGCUUUGGAUAAUAUUAAUUUGUAAAUUAUGUUUUGUUUUGUUUUUUGCACAAACAAAGCACUCACAUUGUUUCAUAAAAUUGAGUUUAAGCCUCUGGAGUCUCAUGGAGUACUUUAUGUUAUUCUUACCUUUCUGGACCUUGGAGUGGUAAGUUGGAUCUCUAUGGAGGAACAGAUACCUCUCAGACUUCAUCAAAAAGAUCUUAAUUUGUGUUCCAAAGAUGAAUGAAGGUCUUACGGAUGUGGAACGACACAAGGGUGAGUAAUAAAUGACAGAAUUUUAAUUUUUGGGUGAACCAACCCUUUAAUAUAACUGUAGAUGAUUCAAGUGCAGGUGGGUUUUGGCAAGCCAGACUGAGAUGCCAUUGUAGUAUAAAAGGAACAAAAUGCCUUUAUGUAUUCUCAAUGUACAAUUAAUACAAGUAAUAUGCUCUUGUACUUAUCAGGACCAGCCCUGACCAAUUUGCUGCCCUAGGCAAGGUUUUACCUGGUGCCCCCGGCAUUGCAGCCAAUUCCACCACUGAAUAAAAAGCUGAUAAUGGUGAAACUAUACAAAAAUAGCACCUAAGCCACAUUAUAGCCUAAACACGAAUAGCAAGAGUAAUUACAUCUAACAUUAAUGCACAAAACAUGUAUUCAUUGAGCACUUCUCUGGCAUACUGUUUUUUCAAAAUUAAUUUUAAAAGUGUUUGUUUUCCAAUAGAUGGCAGCAAUGUUCCAUUAAACUAUGGCACAUUUUUCAUUUUAUCAUUAUAAAUGAAAUCAUUUUAAAAGUGAAUUUUGCAUAAAAUGUUGCUAUUUUAAGGAAAAAAUAACUGACGUUAACUAUAGCUAUACAGCUAGCUUUUUCAAAAUAACCAGUUGCUUUCAUCUAACUACUAUGCAAUUAGAUAAAAUGUUCAUUCAGUACAUCACAUUACCUGUAUGCACUGCGUAGACCGCAUCAGUGUAUGACAUCAAAGUAUCGUGAGAACGAUUAGAGAGCAGAUGGCUCCAUAUGCUUUCAAAAUGCUCUUGCUGUACUUUGAUGUCAUACACCAAUCGCAACCCAUUCAUUGGUUGAUUUCCCUGGAAACUGCUCUGUUGGUUUGAACAAAAAGAUCAAUGAGUAUGUGGCGGCACUAUCUGUUCUGUCGACCAGUGACAAACUGGAUAAUGGGUGGGGUGGAUGUUUUAAAACAAAUAAUGUAUGCAUCAUUUACAGUUUUGUUUUUUGAUUGAAACCGAUUUUGCACAAUUAACAACACAAUUCAGUUUAAAUCAAAUGUAUACUCUGAGCCUUGUGAUAGUGUUUUUUUUUUUUUUUUUUUUUUGUAGGCAAAUCUGUAUUUGCUUAUGUGUGCAUAUUGUAUGUCAGCAAUAUCAUGGUAGUUUAUUGUCACUUUACUUGCACUCAUGCUGGCACAAUGAAGCUGAAACUAUUGAGGAAUAAUUAUACAGAGUCUGGGUGACACAUAUGUGUGGAUCAGGUUGCAGCAUAGCCAGAUUAACCAGUUUCAGGGUAAGUUCAAAUAGUGAAUGAGUCACUGCCUGUCAGCCUAACAGCAUUACUGGCUCAAAAGGAGGAAUGCUCAGAAUUCACUACAAAUUUUUCCUCACAGCAUUACGUUCUAUGUGACAGUAAAGGCACCCUGAGUCUAGACUCUCAUUCAAGCCUUAGUGAAGACUGUAAUUUUUAGAUGUAUUGUACAGUUAUAGUGAUUUUUAAAUGCAUUUUAGAUCUAAAUAGAGUUUCUUUGAGGUUAAUUUACAGACUGUGAUUCUUUUUCUUAUCCUUUUAUAAGAAGAUAAACAAAUACAUUUUAGAUCUUAAUAGAGAUUCUUUGAGGUUAAUUUACAGACUGAUUAUAUUUCUCAUUGUAAGAUGAUAAAAAUAUACACUACCAUUCAAAAGUGUGGGGACAGUUACUAUAACAUCACAGUUUUCACAAUAUUAAUCAAACACAAUAUUAAACUUUAUAAGAUUAUAGUAUAAAAUGUUUGGUGAUCAGCAAAUCAGCAUGAUUUCUGAAUGAUCAUGUGAUACUGAAGACUGGAGUAAUGAUCCUGAAAACAACUUUGCCACCAUGAAAUUAAUAUAACAUUGUAAUGUAUUUUAAUAAUAAAGUAUUUUAAUAAUAAUGUUUUACAAUUAAAUUGUACUAACUUUUACAGCCUUGAUGAGCAUAAGAGACUUAAUUUAAAAACAUUAAAAUCUAACCAACCCCAAACUUUUGAACUGUUGUACAAAUACAGACUAAAAAAAGUAGGCCUACAACUGUAAUGCAAAAUUCAUAAAAGUUUUUACUCUGCAAUUGAAUAUUAAAGCAUAUAUUUAAUAUAUUUUUUUGUCAUUCAAAACAAAAGAAUAAUGUAUUUAAAUAUCAUGUGUAUUCACUUAGUGAAAUAAACUCAUAAUAAACUUUAAUACUUAAUAAUGA